AUGUCGAUGUCGAUGCCUCCCAAUAUGAACGCCACAACAGCACCAGCUGUGGACGGCACCCUCCUGAUUGAGGUGGCCAACCGAUGGCCGGUAGCUGCAACGGCGCUGAUUGCCUGCGCUGUUGCCUAUCUGCUGCAGACAGUCUUCAAGAAUGACCCUUGGGCGAGCAUUCCCCUGGUGGGGGCAGAAAUCGGGGGACAGGAAAGCCGAAGAAAGAAGUUCAUGAACGGAGAAGCCAGGAGCAUGUAUCUGGAAGGCUACAAGAAGUUCAAAGAACAAGCAUUCCGGAUUACCACCGCAAGAAAAUCUCCAAACAUCGUCGUGGCCCCCAAGUUCAUGAACGAGCUCAAGAAGCUUCCGGACGAUGUGCUCAGCUUCAACCGGGCCAUCGAGGAGUCCAUGCAUGCGAAGUACACCGGCGCCGAUACGGACAUCGACAUGCUUCCUCACACGGUCAGGACGGCCCUGACACCGGCUCUCGUGCGGCUCAACCCCAUCAUCUCGGACGAGGUCGUCGAGGCCAUGCGAAGCGAGCUCCCGCAGUCGGGCGAGUGGACCGAGGUCAAAAUCAUGGAAAAACUGAGGCGCGUCGUCGCCAUGGCCUCCGGCCGAGUCUUCAUCGGCCCCGAGCUCUGCCGGAACGAGGACUACCUCGACGCCGCCAUCAACUACACCGUCGACCUCAUGAAGGCGAUCCACAAAGUCGCCGACAUCCCGCCGUACAUGCGUCCGCUCCUGGCGCCCAGGACGCCCGAGGUCAAGAGGGUGCGCGAGCGCAUCGUCGAGGCCGAUAGGUUUCUGAGGCCGGUCGUCAAGGCCAGGCGGGAGGCUGCCCAGGACCCGGACUACCAGAAGCCGGACGACAUGUUGCAGUGGAUCAUGGAGUCUCAGAAGAAGUUCGGCCAGAGGGACGACUCGGAGCUCGCCCGGUACCAGUUGGGCAUCAGCUUCGCCGCCAUCCACACCACGACCACGACCGUGACCAACGCACUCUACACGUUGGCCGCGAUGCCCGAGUUGGUCCCCGUCCUCCGCGAGGAUGUGCAGCACGCCCUGGCCGAGACCAACGGCGUCUUCACCAGCAGCGCGAUGCAGAACAUGAAGAAGGUCGACAGCUUCCUUAAGGAGACGAUGAGAUACCACUCCAUGGGCCCCACAUCGUUCCAGCGAAAGGUCCUCAAGACCUUCACCCUCUCCAAUGGCCAGGUCAUCCCCGCGGGCUCCGUCAUCGAGCUGCCGGCCAUCGGCAUCAACACGGACGACGACUUCUUCCCGGGCGCGGAGAGCUUCGACGCGCUGCGCUUCUACAAGAUGCGCCAGGCCAAGACGGAGCAGGAGACCGGGUCCCGGCAGGCCGAGGUGGUCGCCAACGCGCAGUUCGUCAGCGUGGGCCAGACGAGCCUGACUUUCGGGUACGGGCGCCACGCGUGCCCCGGGCGCUUCUUCGCCGUCAACGAGAUCAAGAUGAUCAUGGCGACGCUGCUGGCCAACUACGACCUGAUGAACCUCGGGGGCAGCAGGGAGAGAUACCCCAACCUGGAAGCCGGAUCGACGACAUUCCCCGAUCCCGACAGAAAGGUCUUGCUUAGAAAGUUGUAG